AGGUUUGUACAAGAAGUCAGGAAAACUUGUGUUCCUGGGCUUGGAUAACGCAGGCAAAACCACUCUGCUGCACAUGCUGAAAGACGACAGGCUGGGGCAGCACGUCCCGACGCUACAUCCCACAUCAGAGGAGCUGACGAUUGCUGGAAUGACCUUUACGACUUUCGAUCUGGGCGGACAUGAACAAGCUCGCCGGGUCUGGAAGAACUACCUGCCAGCCAUCAAUGGGAUCGUCUUCCUGGUGGACUGCGCAGAUCACUCGCGUCUUAUGGAAUCCAAAGUUGAGCUUAAUGCGCUAAUGACAGACGAAACAAUAUCCAACGUGCCAAUCCUUAUCUUGGGUAACAAAAUCGACAGACCAGAGGCCAUCAGUGAGGAGAAACUGCGGGAGAUCUUUGGGCUCUAUGGACAGACCACGGGCAAGGGAAACGUGCCACUGAAGGACCUGAACGCGCGCCCCAUGGAGGUGUUCAUGUGCAGCGUGCUGAAGCGGCAAGGCUACGGCGAAGGCUUCCGUUGGCUAUCUCAGUACAUUGACUGACAUUUGGACGGACAUAAGAGUUUUACUCCUCUGGACUGAUCCUGUUCACAGCUUCCUGUGGACUUUUCUAUUAGAACGUGGAAGGCUUUCCAGCCGCGUACUGGCAUUGACCAAGAGACUCCUGGUUUUCGGCCGCCCUAUCGCACAGUGGUGACACAACUCUUUUCCACGCGGCGGGGAGACAGCACCGUUCUGCACGUGGGUGCAAGUUGUCCCUUUCAGUUCGGUUACAGCGGGGCUGGUGUGAUCUGGGAAGUAAUACUCUGCGCGCUGCACUGUAACAGCUGAAAAAGAGAGCACGUCUCACCACUGUGGUUAAUUGACUUAAAAAAAAAAAAAAAAAAAAAAAGAAAAAGCAAUUCUAUUUUUUAAAGAAAGUGUUAAUGUAAACAGCGUCCCUUCUAACUUUUAGUUUAACGUUCAUCUUGUUUAGUCCAGAGUUCUGGUUAGGGUUUUUUAAAAAAUAUAUUUAACAAUAUUUAGAUAUUUCACAAAUGGCUGAACUGAGGUAUCACGGUAUUAGAAGUCCUCAAUAAACGUAGCGUUUGGGCGUAACCGA